AUGCGCUCGCAUAUCGUGCUAGUCGCUUUCUCUGUUAUCCUUUUGGUAAAAAACAGCCAAGCCAUGAUCCCAGCGUAUUCCGUGUCAGCACUCCGAUUGGCCUUUGAUGAGAUCUCAACAGUGUUACCCAUUGCAAACCAGCUCGCUUGUCUCCUAUUACCCUUCCUAAUCAACUUGAUCAAUAAUCUAAACAAUUUAUCUAAUAUUGUACAAAAUCUGACCCCAGCUCUGCUCCCUUACUUCGGCUGCACAUUACCUCUUUUGUACGCAACUUUAACAGAUCUAGCUUCAGUUUUGUUCUUGUAUAUAAGUGUAUUGAUUUCUCUAUUCAGAUCAAAUGUAUUAGCAGCACCAGGAUUGUUGAUGGGUUUGGUCUCCCAGGUACUUAAUUUAGUGCUGGGAUUACUGACAGGGUUGUCUGAUGGUACAGGCUUACUCAGCGGUCUGAUCAAGUUGAUAACAAGCGUUCUAGUUGAACUGGAGAAAUUGUUGCUUUAA